GGCCGAGCCUUGGAGGAGGCUGAACCUUGAAGGAGGAGGGCCUUCCCCGAGGCUCCCAGGCUCCGAGGCUGGCCUCCAGCCACCAGCCCAGCCACCAGCCAGGAUCCCUGGCCCCUGGGGCACCCGGAGUUUGGCAGUGAACUUGCUGGACACGUCGACCAUCCACGGGGACUGGGGCUGGCUCACGUACCCGGCGCACGGGUGGGACUCCAUCAACGAGGUGGACGAGUCCUUCCGGCCCAUCCACACGUACCAGGUGUGCAACGUCAUGAGCCCCAACCAGAACAACUGGCUGCGCACGAGCUGGGUGCCCCGCGACGGUGCCCGGCGCGUCUACGCCGAGAUCAAGUUCACGCUGCGCGACUGCAACAGCAUGCCCGGCGUGCUGGGCACCUGCAAGGAGACCUUCAACCUCUACUACCUGGAGUCGGACCGCGACCUGGGCUCCAGCACGCAGGAAAGCCAGUUCCUCAAAAUCGACACCAUCGCGGCCGACGAGAGCUUCACGGGCGCCGACCUGGGCGUGCGGCGGCUCAAACUCAACACGGAGGUGCGCGGCGUGGGACCGCUCAGCAAGCGCGGCUUCUACCUGGCCUUCCAGGACAUCGGCGCCUGCCUCGCCAUCCUCUCCCUCCGCAUCUAUUACAAGAAGUGCCCCGCCAUGGUGCGCAACCUGGCGGCCUUCUCGGAGGCGGUGACCGGCGCAGACUCGUCCUCGCUGGUGGAGGUGCGGGGCCAGUGCGUGCGGCACUCGGAGGAGCGGGACACCCCCAAGAUGUACUGCAGCGCCGAGGGCGAGUGGCUGGUGCCCAUUGGCAAGUGCGUGUGCAGCGCCGGCUACGAGGAGCAGCGGGAUGCGUGCGUGGCCUGUGAGCUGGGCUUCUACAAGUCAGCCCCUGGGGACCAGCUGUGUGCCCGCUGCCCGCCCCACAGCCACUCGGCAGCCCCGGCUGCCCAGGCCUGCCGCUGUGACCUCAGCUACUACCGGGCGGCCCUGGACCCGCCUUCUGCAGCCUGUACCCGGCCACCCUCGGCACCAGUGAACCUCAUCUCCAGCGUAAAUGGCACGUCUGUGACCCUGGAAUGGGCCCCGCCCCUGGACCCAGGUGGCCGCAGUGACAUCACCUACAACGCCGUGUGCCGCCGCUGCCCCUGGGCGCUGAGCCACUGUGAGGCGUGUGGGAGCGGCACCCGCUUCGUGCCCCAGCAGACCAGCCUGGUGCAGGCCAGCCUGCUGGUGGCCAACCUGCUGGCCCACAUGAACUACUCCUUCUGGAUCGAGGCCGUCAACGGCGUGUCCGACCUGAGCCCCGAGCCCCGCCGGGCGGCCAUCGUCAACAUCACCACCAACCAGGCAGCCCCGUCCCAGGUGGUGGUGAUCCGGCAGGAGCGCGCGGGCCAGACCAGCGUGUCGCUGCUGUGGCAGGAGCCGGAGCAGCCCAACGGCAUCAUCCUGGAGUACGAGGUCAAGUACUACGAGAAGGACAAGGAGAUGCAGAGCUACUCCACCCUCAAGGCCGUCACCACCCGGGCCACCGUGUCGGGCCUCAAGCCGGGCACGCGCUACGUGUUCCAGGUGCGGGCGCGCACGUCGGCGGGCUGUGGCCGCUUCAGCCGGGCCGUGGAGGUGGAGACCGGGAAGCCCCGGCCCCGCUACGACACCCGGACCAUCGUCUGGAUCUGCCUGACGCUCAUCUCGGGCCUGGUGGUGCUUCUGCUUUUGCUCAUCUGCAAGAAGAGGCACUGUGGCUACAGCAAGGCCUUCCAGGACUCGGACGAGGAGAAGAUGCAGUACCAGAGCGGCCAGGAGGCUCCCACAGACGCCCUUCACUCCACCCCAGACCCGUCCCAGGCCCAGGGGGACUCCCUCCCGAGCCCCGCUGAGGCCCUCUCCCGCCCCUCAGCGCCGCCCCCCGUCUUCCUGCCCCUGCACCGCCCCCCGGGGAAGCUCCCCGAGCCCCAGUGCUGCGCCGAGCCGCACACCUACGAGGAGCCGGGCCGGGCGGGCCGCGCCUCCACCCGCGAGAUCGAGGCCUCCAGGGUCCACAUCGAGAAGAUCAUCGGUUCCGGGGAGUCCGGAGAAGUCUGCUACGGGCGACUGCGGGUGCCGGGGCAGCAGGAUGUGCCCGUGGCCAUCAAGACCCUCAAAGCCGGCUACACGGAGAGACAGCGGCGGGACUUCCUGAGCGAGGCCUCCAUCAUGGGCCAGUUCGACCACCCCAACGUCAUCCGCCUCGAGGGCGUCGUCACCCGUGGUAGGUGGCCGGCCAGGGCAGCCUCAGCCUGCAGGGGCCCUGCUGCCCAGAGCGGGCUCGGAGUCCAUCCCUGGGCCACCCUGCCCCUCCUUGCCCCCCGGAUUACUCUGGGGGUGGGGUGCACUCCUAGGGUCUCUGAUCAGCGCCCUGUCCCCCACAAGAGCCAGCGUCUCCCCUCCUGUCCAGGCCGCCUGGCAAUGAUCGUGACGGAAUAUAUGGAGAACGGCUCUCUGGACGCCUUCCUGAGGACCCACGACGGACAGUUCACCAUCACGCAGCUGGUGGGCAUGCUCAGAGGCGUGGGCGCCGGCAUGCGCUACCUCUCAGACCUGGGCUACAUCCACCGUGACCUGGCUGCCCGCAACGUCCUGGUGGAUGGCAACCUGGUGUGCAAGGUGUCGGACUUCGGGCUCUCGCGGGUGCUGGAGGAUGACCCCAAUGCCGCCUACACCACCACGGGAGGGAAGAUCCCCAUCCGCUGGACGGCGCCCGAGGCCAUCGCCUUCCGGACCUUCUCCUCGGCCAGUGACGUGUGGAGCUUCGGUGUGGUCAUGUGGGAGGUGCUGGCCUACGGGGAGAGGCCCUACUGGAACAUGACCAACCGGGACGUCAUCAGCUCCGUGGAGGAGGGGUACCGCCUGCCUGCGCCCAUGGGCUGCCCCCGCGCCCUGCACCAGCUCAUGCUGGACUGCUGGCAGAAGGACCGGGCCCAGCGGCCGCGAUUCUCCCACAUUGUCAGUGUCCUCGAUGCGCUGAUCCGCAGCCCCGAGAGUCUCAGGGCCACGGCCACGGCCGGCAGGUGCCUGCCCCCUGCAUUUGCCAGGAGUUGCUUUGACCUCCGAGGGGGCGGUGGCGGCGGGGGCCUCACUGUGGGGGACUGGCUGGACUCCAUCCGCAUGGGCCGGUACCGGGACCACUUCGCGGCUGGCGGGUACUCUUCCCUUGGCAUGGUGCUGCGCAUGGACGCCCAGGAUGUGCGGGCCCUGGGCAUUACCCUCAUGGGCCACCAGAAGAAGAUCCUGGGCAGCAUCCAGACCAUGCGGGCCCAGCUGACCAGCACCCAGGGGCCCCGCCGGCAUCUCUGACGCAUGGCCACCAGCUGGACAGCAUCAGCCUAGGUCACACCAGCGGUCAGAGGACGUGCUGGGCUAUCAGCAGUCGGGUGGUCCCAGGUCCCUCCUCUCAGGCACUGGAGAGGCUGAAGGCUCCACCACAGGACCCAGAGUUACAGGGGUCAGGCACCUGGAGAGGGGUCCUUGGUGCCCAGUGUGGAGGUCACCUGCCCCCGGGGACAGAGGGCCUUCUCUCUUCCAGACCCCAGGGCCUCAAUGCCACAGGGUCCAGCAGAAAUGCGGUCACUGGCUCUGUGUGUGAACAUGCCCACUGUGUUCCCACAAGGCCUUGGGCCAUGUGAACAGCGUGUCCCCAGUGAGUUCCCAGCACAGACGCGCACGUGUUGUGAUGCCUGUGCUCAUCCAUUAAGGCUGGGGCCACAUGUGGGUGACAGUGGGUGAUGUGUCAUGAAUGAGGAGGUGUGACAGGCAUGUGAGCAGGGACCAGGGUGUGGCACUGCCCACAUGCCUGGAGGCUGGAGCCAGGGCCACUUCUGAACCUCACCAGCACCAGGCCCACCCUCCUGCUGCCUGGGAGAGCCCACCCCGCUGCAUCUCAGGUCCGGGCCUCCCCUGCAGCUGGGGGCCACCUGCAGCCCCCACCUGGCUUCCCCCACUGCUCCACAGGAAAACAGGGUUCCCGGCCAGUCCCCUGGCCACCUUUCAUGUAGGCAUCACAGUAGGGAACACAGACGCACCCAGCUGGACUUGGCUGCCUGGCCAGGGCCGGCGUCCACUUCCCUCUGUCUGAUGCCCAUCCUCCCCCACCGCCAAGGUGUCCUCAAGUGGCAGCCCCUUGGCCAACCUCUCACUGCCUGCCCCGCCCCUACCCCUGCCCCCUGUCCCACCGGUGCCCAGGAUCAGAGAACAAAGGUCCUGGCCGCUCAGCUCCAGGCCCCGCUUCCCGAUGCAGAGGGGCUGGAAGGGGUUCUGCUCGCCCCAGGCCCCCAGCAGCUCAGCUUCGGAGCUGGGCCUCUGUCCUCCCAGCCCAGGGCCCUUCUCACGGUACUGGCCCCGGGCGGUGGGAGGAGCCAGGGGAGCCCCGCCCCUCGCAAUCCGGCCCUCCCCCUGACGGCCCACCAGGGUAUGUAAAUAUGUUUUCUAUUAUGUCGGAAUAUUUUUCCUCACUCCUGACAAUGCAAAAAUGGUCUUCAAAGCACAUAAAAAGCACCCAGGGUGAGAGAGCCCCAUCCCGGGGGGGUUGGCAGGCAGGACCCAAGGAACGCCACCGGGUGCCCUGCGCUCCCCAGAGGGAGGGGCCCGCCGCGCAGCCCCUGCCCAGCCCCUCGCCAUAGCCAGCACAGCUACUGCGGAGGCACCAGCACUGAGCCCCCUCUCCCCCCUGCAAUAAUUCGGGGGUCUCAGCGGUCCCGGUGCCCUGGCGGCUCGCCCUGCCCCCUGCGCUCUGCGCUCUGGGCCGAGCUGCUCUUCCUUCCUAUGGAAGGGGAAACACGGUCAGGAGGAGCCUGUCUUCCGCCCACCCCGCUCGCUCUCACCUGGUUUCUGCGCUCGGGAUCCUGACGGUCACGUGUGGGAACACGUGGGCCUGGCACUUGCAAAAGUGUGGCCCCUGCCCCAGGAGCGGGUCCCCCUGGGGUCCCAGGGGCCUGCCUCUCUGUGGUCCCCAUCCUGAGUCUUGAACUUAACUACAAUGAGAAUAAAUUCUGCCUCAUCUUUG